AUGAAAAUCAUGUGUAAAUAUUUUUUUUUUGACGUUCAUUUACAAUUGCAAAAUUUAUUGACAAGAAUAACGGAAUUGGAAAAGGAAAAAAAAGAAAUACAUGACAAGUUUAAUGCUCAAAGAGGUAGACUUCAAAAGUUAUACAUUCAAAAAGAAGAAGAAUUAAAUCUUUUAUCGUCUCAACAUGUUAAAUUAGAGUGUGAAGUUAUUAAAUUGACCAAAGAAUUAGAUGAAGCUAAAAGUCAAUUAUGCAUAGCUGGAAUUGUUAAAGAAAAUGAAGUUGAAGCUGAAAAAAGAAAAGCUCAGGCUGAAAUAGCUACACUGAAUCAAAUAGUACAUGAUACUGUACAAGUUUCGAACACAUCCCAAAGCGAAGUGAAAAAAUUAAAACAAGUAAUUGAAUUACUUGAAUCACAAUUAAAUAAAUUAAAAGGUGAAAAAGAAAAAGAAGGAUUACUAUUAGCACCAAGUAAUAUGCUAUCUGGAGCAAAAACAUUAGCUCGUAAAGUGGUUGGACAAUUGGGUAAUGAUUCAGAUUAUCGAAUACAUGAUAAUUUGGAGGAUAGUAUGAAAAAGGCUCAAGAAGAUACGGAAGUAUUGAAAUCACUAGUGAUUCCAUUAGAAGAAAAAAUAUUAGAAUUAACGCAAAAACUCCAAGCAGCAGAAUCAAAGUUAUUAAAAUACGAACCCAACCCCAAUAAAACAACAACAACAAAUUAUGUCAACUCUAAUUCAACGGAUAUAAACGAAAGAGAUGAAAAAUCAUCAUCACGUGAUGCUAGUCAACAAGAAGAAGAAGAAGAAGAAGAAAGGUACCAUUCAAGUCAAAUGAAAUGUAAUGCAACGAAAGGACGACACGAGGAAGAAAACGACGAUUUGAAAUCAAGUAUUAGUAGUAGUAAUGGUAAUGGUAAUAAUAAUAAUAAUAAUAAUGAUAAUGAUAAUGAUAACGAUAAGGAGCUCAAGUCAUUAGCAAGUGGUAGCGGUUUGAUGAUAAAAAAAAAAAAAAAAAAACUAUCAUCCUGUGACAUGUGUGCUAAUUACGAAGCUCAACUCGUGUCGCAACAAAAGCAUAAUUUAUUAUUGCAAAAGGAAAAGGAAAAAAUGGAAAAAAAUAUGGAAAAAUUAAAGGAUGAUUUUACGAGAGAAACACAAUUUAGAAAAAACAUGGAGGAUAAAUGGAAUGAGAAAAAGGAAAAACAUAAAGCCAAGGUUGCGGAACUAAAAGAAUUAUACGAAGGAUCGGAAAAGGAAAUAAAAAUGAUGAGAGAAACGUUUGCUCAUUUGAGAUCGGAAGUCGAAAUACAAUUGAAUAGAUUAGCUUUCGACAGAAAGGAAAUAUACGGUCGAUUGGAAGAAAUCCAAAGGGAAAAUGAUAAUCUCGUUGGUAAACACAGUCGUCAUUCCGCACAAUUGAGAGAGGAAUCGAUUAAUUUUCCCGACAACGUCGAAGAUUUACAAGUUUUGCUGUUGAAAACUCACGAAGAAUUGAUAUCCGCGAAAACGGCAAAAGAAGCCAAAGAAGAACAGGAAACGAAUUUGAAAUACGAAAUACAAUUGCUUCGAGAUCAAUUGAAUAGCGAAAUGUCGGAGAGAAAUGCAAAAGAAAGCGAUUUAGCAUUGCAAAAUUCUGAAUUAAGUAAAUUAUUAAACGUGACGGAAAAAGAAAAUUAUAAAUUGAAAGAAAUAGCCGGGAGAUUGAACGCUUUGGAUAAAGAACAAAAAGAACAAAUGAGAGCAUUGAAAACGCAAUUGGAUAAAUUAAUGAAAGAAAAUCGUUCGUCCGAAGAAACGAUAAGUAAAUUACAGAGCAGAGUGAGUUCGUUACAACAGCAAUUGGAUACGAGCGAGGCGGUGCAAAAAGAUUUCGUCCGACUUUCGCAAUCGUUGCAAAUCGAAUUGGAAAAAAUAAGAGGAGCGGAUACGGAAGUGAGAUGGCAACACGAGGAUGACGUAGAAGAUUGUCCAAAUUGUAAAAUUACAUUUUCCGCAAGUAGGAAAAAGGUAAUUAGAUGA